AUGGACCAUCUGCUACUCUCCAAUAGCUCCGACUUCCAGUUCGGGCCGGUCUAUACCGGGCCUUUGAGGCACUUUGACUUCACACUGUUCUUCGAGGACACGAUCCUAUCCAUCGUGCCCGCUGCUGUCUUUCUCAUCGCUGCGGGACCGAGGGCAAUAUGGCUUGCCCGCAAGCCGAAGAAAGUUGCAACUUCAUCUCUGAGUCGAAUGACCAAACUAGUCGUCCUCUCCGCCUUUGCCACGAUACAAUUGACUGUACUUCUAGCCCGGGCUACCAACUCGGAAGCUAGGACCAGGGCUUCAAUCUCCGCCGCUGCUCUUGACUUCGCGGCCGCCUGUGCACUGUUCGUGCUAUCGUGCUUUGAGCACUCGCGCUCUGUCACCCCUUCGACGGUUAUCGCACUAUAUUUGAUUCUUUCUGUUCCAUUUGACGCGGUCCGGCUGCGCACUUUCUAUCUGCUCGGCGGCUACUUCAGCAGAGACAUCGCCAACUUGUCAUCUCUAUCGCUGGCCAUCAAGUUGACAGUAUUGGUUACGGAAGCCGUUGAAAAGCGAGGCAUCCUCCUCGAACCGUAUCAAGAUCUUCCCCCCGAAGCAACUAGUGGGCUUUACAACAAGUCCAUCUUCUGGUGGCUCAAUCCGCUGCUCAAGGUUGGAUUCGGCAGGACGCUUCGGGUCGACGAUUUAUUCAAUCUGGACGAAAAACUUGCCUCGGCCCACGUACAAGAUCGCUUCACACGACAAUGGACUGCCAUCAAGGAGCACCAUCGCCUCAGCCUUGUGCUGACCACUCUGAAGGUUCUCAAGUGGCAGCUUCUGGUCUCCUGUCUUCCUCGUCUCUUGUUGUCGGGAGUCAGGUUUGCACAGCCAUUCUUGACCCAAGCAACCAUCAGCUACGUCGCCAACCGCAACAACCAGAAAGCCUCUGUCGGCUGGGGUUUAGUCGGCGCCUACUCUCUGGUGUACUUUGCCCAAGCUGUCCUCACAGCGGCUUCCAACCACCUUCUCAACCGUUGCAUUACUCAACUCCGCGGAGGGCUGGUUUCGCUCCUCUACAACAAGACGCUCGACCUCAACAUCGUCACGGGUGACGUGACCGCGUCGUUGACUUUGAUGUCAUCAGAUGUACAAAGAAUCGUCGAGCCGCUAGCCAUGAUCCAUGACACCUGGGGUGGUAUCAUUGACGUUGGGCUGGGCAUGUACCUGUUGUAUAGGAAUCUGGGAAGUGUUUGCUAUGCUCCAGCAGUGCUGUAUGUGCUGCUUGCCUUUUGCACAAGCUGGGUGAUCAAGGUUAUUGCAAGGUUUCAGAAACGAUGGCUCAACGCCGUACAGGUCCGGAUAUCAUUUACAGCAGCCCUGCUGCACUCUAUGCGGAACGUUAAACUCCUGGGAUUGUCCGCAAUCGUCAAGGAUCGGGUCCAGGCCCUCCGAGAGGAAGAGAUCCGCGAUUACAAACGCUUUCGAUCUAUCUAUUGCUUCCAGAUAUUGGUCCAAAAUGGACCCACUACCAUCGCGCCUUUUGUUACAUUCCUCGCCUACUACCUGAGGUCCAAGGCAUCCGGCCAUCAACUGGACCUGGCGAGCGCCUUCAGCGUCCUCACCAUCCUCCGAUUAGUGGACGGCCCCCUGAAUAUACUCCUCUACUCCUGCCCACAACUGGCGUCCUCCAUGUCAUGUUUUGACCGCAUUCAGCAAUACCUGCUCUCAGAUUCACGGCGUGACAACCGGCUUUUGUUGAACCAGGCCUAUGAUUCUCGCGGCUACUGGGAAACCCCCAUUCCGCACGGAGGGUCGAUUCAAAUGGGUAGAUUGAGCAGCGUCACUCGCAGUCCCGCAGACGAAGCUCUCGCGCUCAACAACUGUAGUUUUGGGUGGAAAGACACCGGGGAACCUACGAUCAAAGACAUCGACCUGUCUGUCCAAACUGGUUCAAUCACCAUGAUCAUUGGGCCUGUCGGCUGUGGCAAAUCCACACUACUCAAGGGCAUUCUCGGCGAAACAUUUGUCUCCAGCGGCUUCGUUUAUCUUAGGAAUCUAUCUAUCGCCUUUGCUGACCAAGAAGCAUGGAUCCAAAAUGGCACAAUCAGAGAUACAAUCUGCGGACCCAGUUCAAGAGGCAUCUCGGAGCGGCAUGAUCCAUGGUAUCAGGAAGUUGUCGACUGCUGUGGAUUGGCUGAAGAUCUGAGGGUCUUCCCAAAGGGUGAUAAGACCAUAAUCGGAUCGAAGGGUAUCUCUUUGAGUGGCGGACAAAAACAAAGGCUGGCACUGGCGCGGGCGGUCUACAGCAGAGCCCAGUUACUUAUCCUGGAUGAUGUGUUCUCCGGGCUCGACAAUGGCACGGAAGAGCUCAUCUUCCGCCGACUCUUCAGCCGGUCUGGACCACUGAGAAGGCUGAAGACGACUGUGAUUGUGGUGACUCAUGCAGUCCACCGGCUGCCUUACGCGGAUCUUGUUGUCAGCCUAGACGCGAAUGGCCGGAUAUGCGAGCAGGGGGAUUACGCGAGCUUGAUCAACAAUCCUGGAUACGUGCACAGCCUCGACAUUCGUUUCAAGCAGGAGCAUCAAACAGAACCUGAAGAGCAGAUUCAUCCCGCUGCUGAAGCCGCAAGCGAAGAGAAGUCACCUGCCACCGCUGAUGUCGUCGACGAAGACGAGGAGAGCGCACAAAACUUGAGGAGACGGACGGGCGAGCUCAGAACUUACCUGCAAUGGUUCCAGUCUUGCGGCUAUGUCUCGAGCCUCCUUUCCGUCAUUUGGGCCUUGCUCAUGUCUUCUAUGAUGCAAACACCGGGUCUGCUUGUCAAGGUCUUCUCAUCGUCAUCGACGACGGCAUUCGUUGGCGCGUUUGGCGCGACCACUUUGGUUGCGGUAUCAGCCAACGCGCUUUUGGGAUAUCAGGUCUUGCUGAACAUGCAACCGCGCAGCGCCAAAAGUCUACAUCUCCAUCUGCUAGAGAGCGUUCUGAACGCUCCGCUCUCCUUUUUCACCCGCACUGACGCGGGCACGAUCAUCAACCGGUUCAGCCAAGAUAUGACUCUGGUCGAUUCCGACUUGCCCUUUUCCUACGCCGACUUUAUUCUUUUGGUCGUGUCCUGCCUCAUCGGACUCGGCCUCAUCUCCGCAUCGGGCGCCGGGUAUUUUGCAGUCACGCUCCCCUUCGUCAUUGCCGCAUUGUACGGAAUUCAAAAGUACUACCUGCGGACGAGUCGGCAGCUGAGACUGCUGGACCUGGAGGAGAAGGCCCCUCUAUACUCUAUGUUCACCGAGACUGCAGCUGGCCUGGCAAGCAUCCGCGCGUUCGGUUGGACGGACCAAUUCGCUGAGAGAUGUCUAGAACUCCUGGAUCAAAGCCAACGUCCGUUCUAUCUCCUGUCUUGUAUCCAAAGGUGGCUGGGCAUAGUUCUCGAUCUGCUGGUCGCUGCACUAGCAACCGUCCUGAUGGUCAUCGUCGUUGCCCAACGGCAGUCCAUCGAGCCGGGACUCGUGGGACUGGGUUUGCUGGCCAUGGUCAACUUAAACACCAAUCUGGCCGGGUUGGUGAAGGAAUGGACCAGACUGGAGACGAGUAUUGGCGCCAUCACUCGAAUCCGGGAUUUCGUCAGAACCACCGAGUCUGAGCAUCGGGAAUGGGAAGUGGAGCCGAUGAGGAGCAGCUGGCCCGAGAACGGCGAGGUGGACUUUGCCGGCUUCGGAGCCAGUUAUGGUGCAGAGUCGGACCUGGUGCUCCAAGACAUCAGCCUGCAGAUUCGGCCUGGCGAGAAGCUGGGCGUCUGUGGCCGGUCGGGGAGCGGCAAGAGCUCCAUGCUGGCAAGUCUGCUGCACCUCCUCGAGUUCCGCGCCGGGUCCAUCCGAAUCGACGGAGUCGACAUCUCCCGAGUCGCGCGGGAGACGGUGCGAGCCAGACUGAACGUCAUCCCCCAGGAACCCUGGUGGGUGACGACCGAGUCGGUCCGCUUCAACAUGGAUCCGUGGAAUGCAGCUCUAGUAGCAGACGGGAGUUCGGGCACUGGCCGCGACCCUCGUCCUCUCAACCAGGCCGAUCGCGACGCCGCCUUCAUCUCCGCUCUAUCACGGUGUCAAAUCUGGCCGGUCAUCGAGGCCAACGGCGGCCUGGACGCGACCAUGACGUCGGACUUCCUGAGCCACGGCCAGCGGCAGCUCUUCUGCCUGGCGCGCGCGCUGGUGCGGCAGAGUAAGAUCGUGGUGUUGGACGAGGUCAGCGCCAGCGUCGACGUCAAGACCGACGAGCUCAUGCAGCGCAUCAUACAUGACGAGUUCCGCGAGAGUACUAUCAUCGCCGUUGCCCACCGUCUCAACACCAUCGAGGGCGGCGACCGAGUCGUGGUCCUGAGUCAGGGUCGCGUCGUCGAGGUCGGAGAACCACAAGUCCUGCUCACCAAACAGCACAGUCGGUUCAGGGAGUUGUACGAAUCAUGA